UGAAUUACAGUGGUGGCAAUUAUAAAAUACAGGUAUACAGGUGUGUAAAUAUCGCUCAUCUCAAUUAUAUACACACAUUUGUUGCGCCUCGGGAAAAAUUAUAAAAAAAAAGUUAAAUUAAAUUAAAAAAAUAAACGAUGGCCACAGAGGAGCAUCAACGCUUGGCCAACAUUGUGAAGAGCUGUCACGAGAGCUUAAGACAACUCACAAAAUUAUAUGGGGCAGAGCGGGCCUGGCAGGAGCAUACAGCACCCCACAAUGCAGAAAAGCUGGCUGAAUAUGCAGAUGCAAUGCAGCAACUUGCAGGCAUAUGGGAAACGAACACCAGUAAGACGGAAUUGCAAGCGCGUAGUCGCAUCAAAUGGGCCAUUGACUAUAUUACCAAGUACUUCUAUACCGAGGGCAUCUAUCUACAAAAGCGACAGCGAGAGCAACGCUUGCUAGCCUCCUACAAUGAGCUGGCGGCUUCGGAAUGCGCCUACAUGGCUGAGCCGCCAGACAGGGUGCGGGUGCUGGACGUAGGCAGCUGCUUCAAUCCCUUUGGAAAUACACCACAUCUCGAGGUGACAGCCAUUGAUCUCUGUCCCGCACCUGGAGCUCUAGUACUGCAGGCAGACUUUCUCACAGUGGGCGUGGACGCCAGCUUGAAGCAACCGGAGAUAACCGAUCAAAGCGUGAAAAGCUUACCUGCUGGCUACUAUCAUUGUGUCAUAUUCAGCCUCCUGCUAGAGUAUAUGCCUAGUGCGGAGCAGCGUUUGAUCUGUUGCCAGAAGGCCUACGAACUGCUGGGUCCGGAGGGAAUUCUAGUCAUCAUCACGCCCGAUUCACAGCACGUGGGAAAGAAUGCUAGCAUCAUGAAGAACUGGCGAUUUGCUCUGGCCAAGCUGGGCCUGCUUCGCGUGCGGUUCGAGAAGCUGCCCCAUAUCACAUGCAUGGUCUUUCGUCGAGCAAUUAGUCAGCAUUUGUCGCAGCACUGGGCGAGCGUGCACCGCGAGGAGGGCAUCUGUGAGACGAUUCGCAUUCCACAGGACGAUCAUUAAAUAGCCAUAA